AUGGUUUCCAUUUCAGGUGUAUUGGCAGCGGCCUCCAUCUUUACGUUGUCCGCUGCACAGACCUUCCAGCGAUUGGGCGGAUGUCCAACACUUGGUUGCGUACUUCCCCCGGACCAAACUGACUUCCUCGCCGGCCAGUACUUUGAUAUUCGUCUCGAGGUUCACGCACCCGUCAAUGGUUCCGAGGCAAAUGGAGGAGUUCCAGACCCCAAUUUUGCUUUUACCAUUGCAAAGGCGAAUGGCCCAGCUCAGCCAGCCGCUACCUAUUUCAAGGUUCCUGAGCCUGAGUUGGAAAGGUGGAACUUCACUUGGUACGAGGACCUCUUUGCACAAGAUGCCCAUGCCCCAUCCGUGGUGCGAGUUACCUCCAAGGCCUAUCGUCGUGUCGCGCUUUACGAGCCCGGGGAAUAUGUCGCAACUCUGACCUACUACAAUGGAACGAAAACCGUUGCGAAUUGGAUCGUUAGACCUCUGCAGCAGCAAAAGAAGGCGAAGAACGUCAUAUUGUUCAUUGGUGAUGGUAUGACCACGAACAUGAUAACCGCGGCACGAUUGAUUGCCCACAAGAGCAUCAAUGGAAAAUACCAGUCAACGAUGAUGAUGGACAAGUUUCCGGUUCUAGGACAUCAAAUGACCCAUUCCCUCGACAGCUACAUCACAGAUUCUGCUAAUAGUGCCUCGGCUCUAUAUUCCGGCCACAAGAGUACCGUUAACGCGAUGGGAGUUUAUGCCGAUUCCAGCCCUGAUCUGUUCGACGACCCUAAAGUUGAGACAAUAGUCGAGCUCCUCACACGUGUUUGGGGGAGCGCAAUUGGUGUUGUCAGCACGGCAUUUGUGGCCGAUGCCACACCCAUUGCUUUAACUGGCCAUAGUAGAUCUCGCUACGCAUAUGGAGCCUUGAUCGACCAAGCACUUCGAGGCGUCACCAACUAUACGUGGACCAAAUUCAGCGGACCUGAUGUCUUCUUCGGUACAGGGGCUGAGCAAUUCCUUCCUGGCUCAGGUUCCUAUCAAGGCAAGGACUACUAUGCCGAAUUUUCUAGCGCUGGUUACAGUGUCUCGCUCAAUAAGACGUCGUUGCUUUCGGCAUCAAACACUAGCAAGGCCCUUGGAAUCUUCUCUACUUCCACGCUUCCGGUCUGGCUCGAUCGCAACGUGUAUAAGGAGAACCUAGAGACCAUGAAAAAUGACCCAUCAGGCAACAAAAAGCCAGCGUUGGACCUUCCUGGGUUGAAGGAAAUGACCCUCAAAGCCAUUGAUAUCCUCCAUGCUCGUGGUGGAGAUAAGGGGUUCUUCAUGAUGUCUGAAGCAGCUUCUAUCGACAAACAGAUGCACACCCUAGACUAUGACCGCGCCCUUGGAGACCUACUUGAGCUGGAUGAUACCGUCAAGGCCACGGUCGAAAAGCUCAAAGCAAUGGGUGAACUUAACAACACACUCAUUCUCGUCACGGCAGACCAUGGCCACGGCUUUGACGUAUUCGGAUCGGCCGAUACCAAAUAUUUAAGCUCUCAGACGAAUGACCGCGAUAAGCGCAAUGCUAUUGGUACCUACGCCAGCUCUGGCCUUAGCCAGUACACCAUCACCAAUGCGAGCAUCUCAUACAACACGGGAGUGAAUUUCCCAGUCAAUUGGGACCCAAGAUACACGCUCGCACAGGGAGUUGGCGCCAUGCCCGACCACCGGGAGAACUACCGUGUCCAUAAAGAUGGCCCUCGACUUCCCGCGACGAAUAUUAGCGGGCAUGCAUCGAAUGACUAUUAUGCCAACCCAAAGGACAAUACAGAUGGUUUCAUCGUGAAUGGAACGAUCCCGACUAAUGAAGCUCAGGGCGUCCACUCGCUUACGGAUGUACCGGUGUUUGCUAUGGGGCCAUGCCAGGAAUUGUUUGGUGGUGUUUAUGGUAAUAUUGAUAUCUUUUUCAAUAUGGCCAAUUGUCUCGGGCUUGCUCGGGCGGAUAAUGCAACUGGUAGUGCUGCUGAGAUGGCCCCCAACGGAAGCACCACGACUGUACCAGCCACGGGCGCUGCGCCGAAGAAUGGUAUUCAGAGGGGCCUGACGGUUGGCAUGCUUGUGUUUCAGCUAGCCAUUGGGUGGGUAGCGUUUAACCUGUAA